AUCAUCAAUUUUGAUAUCGCCGUAGAACUCCAAUAAAAUAGAGCGGGAUGUAGAAAUACAUCCUUUCUUCUUGGUACAUACAUCGCACGCAGAAGAAGAGAAAGAGAAAAACGGAGAAGAUGAAUUCAAAGAAAGAGGGAGUAUCGGCGGCGUCAAAUCCAUUGUCAGUUGAAGACAGAUACAGUCAAUGGAAGUCACACAUUCCCGUUCUCUACGACUGGCUCGCCAAUCACAACCUCGUCUGGCCAACACAGUCAUGUCGUUGGGGCUCUCUUCUCGAGGAACAAACUUACAAGACUCGCCACAGACUCUAUAUAUCUGAACAAACUGACGGCACGGUUCCGAAUACUCUUGUUAUUGCUACUGUUGAACUUGUCAAACCUAGGGUUGCUGCUGCUGAACACAUUGCACAGUUUAAUGAAGAAGCUCGAUCUCCCUUUGUGAAGAAGCAUAAAACUAUACUCCACCCCGGGGAGGUAAACAGAAUCAGGGAACUUCCAACAGAUACUAAUAUAGUUGCCACUCAUACAGAUAGUCCCAACGUAAUGAUCUGGAGUGUUGAAUCUCAACCUAAUCGGACCGCUGUUUUGGGGUCCCCCGCUUCCACCCCAGACUUGGUAUUAACUGGGCAUAAGGAUAAUGCUGAAUUUGCGCUAGCAAUGUGUUCAACCGAGCCCUUUGUUCUUUCUGGAGGGAGGGACAAGUAUGUGGUGUUAUGGAGUAUUCAGGAUCAUAUUGCAACUUUAGCUGCAGAAGUAGACCCCGAUGAUAAACAGAGCACUAAUGUGGGGGGAAGUAGCGAGAAAGCUGCAAAAAGCCCGACUGUUGGACCAAGGGGCAUUUACCGGGGUCACAAAGACACUGUUGAAGAUGUGCAAUUUUGCCCAUCAAGUGCACAAGAGUUCUGUAGUGUAGGUGAUGAUUCUUGUCUCAUACUCUGGGAUGCACGUGUUGGAUAUACUCCAGCCUUUAAGGUUGAGAAGGCACAUGAUGGAGAUCUACAUUGUGUUGAUUGGAAUACUCAUGAUAUAAAUUUUAUUCUGACUGGUUCUGCUGAUAAUACAGUUCGCAUGUUUGAUCGCCGGAAACUAAACAGUCGGGGAGUUGGGUCUCCUGUUUAUAAAUUUGAAGGCCAUGAUGCACCAGUCCUCUGUGUACAGUGGUGUCCGAACAAAUCAUCUGUAUUUGGAAGUGGUGCUGAAGAUGGCAUUAUAAACAUCUGGGACUAUGAUAAGGUUGGUAAAAUACCAGGUUCUACUGAUCCGACAGUACUAGCGACUUCCCCUGGUUUAUUCUUUCGUCAUGCUGGGCAUAGGGAUAAGGUUGUUGACUUUCAUUGGAAUGCUUCUGAUCCAUGGGCAAUUGUUAGUGUCUCUGAUGAUUGUGCAAGCACAGGUGGAGGUGGCACCCUGCAGAUUUGGCGGAUGUUGGAUCUAAUCUAUCGACCAGAGGACGAGGUGUUGGCUGAGCUGGAUAAGUACAAAUCUUAUAUCUUAGGAAGUGAUUCUGAUAUAUCUAAUUAGCUAGUGAUUAGGAGUGUUAGAUAAUAGGUAGUGAUGCCUAUAAAUAGCUUUGAUGUAAUUUUUUACUUCACUU